GUUGGAAAAGGGCGUGGAAUAUCGAAAGCAAUAUAAUUGAAUGUACUUUAUCUUAAUGAGAUGCACAAAUGCUGGACAAGCCGGAUACGUAAAUGCAAAUUUCAUCUGAAUUGUCUGACAAAGACAAAAAAACGAAUUUCAAUCAAACUCUUAUCAUUUAACUGCCAGAUGCUCGGCGAGAGAAGUUAUAGAAAUUUGUAUGAUUGUUUACGUCGUGGUUUCAAAUGUAAAAAUGGAUUUUAGACAAGACAUGUAUCAGUAUAAGCGAGAAGUAUCGCCGACUAAGUUAUCCAAGUGAUUACACGAUCGAGGAGCGGUAAAUAUGUGUUUUAUUUAAAAAGUAAGAGUUCAUUUAUGGAAUUGAGGGAUAAAUCACUCCAAUAUAGUCUCGUAAGCUUUGAUGAAAAGUCCGUGAAAGUUCUAACGGUCUGUAAAAUUUCGAGAAACCUACUCAUGACAAUUGCUCAAGUUCGAAGCAUAAGAAUAAUGACUCUUAAAAUCUAAAAUAUACUACUCAUGAUUUAAUGAACAUCCCCGAACAUCUGAGAGGACAGUAUGACGAAAUAGUUACCUGAACUACAUCUUCGUUUUAGUCUUGAAGAAGAAUGAUUUCUGACGACUGCCCUUGUUUGAUUAUUUCUUGCAUUUUCUUUAUUAUAUAACAAGAAAAUGGCUAAAUAUAAAUGUGUUCCUCUGUAUAGCUUCAUCAGUAAAUUGGAAAGAACCCAAAAUUUUGUUUUAUUAAUAAGAAAAAGUAUGACUAUAAAAUUACCGGACUUGCGCGGGUCUAAGCAAAAAGUCUCGUAGACUGACAAUAAAAUGAUGCUAACUUUGUCGAAACCGUAGGCAACAGUACAUGUCCCUUUGUCUACGAGAAUAAUAAAUGUACGCGAUUUCCUCGUUGAAUUCUGUUUGAACAACCUACCUCUCUCCGUUGUAUAUUAUACACUUAGUGUCCGCUCCAGAAGGAAGUAGUUAACUUUGUUUUCCCGAAAGUCUCAAUGUUUCUCGAGACGAUGUCGAGGUACAGUACUCAAAUAGUGCGAGUAGCAUGCCUAUUUUGUUAUUACUAGUAUAUUAUGUUAUAUCAUGCAUGUUAAUGCAUGGCGCGUUCUCAUACUUCGUCAAUUCCUUGAAUUCUAUCGAUAUCCUGGGAAAGAUCUUAAAAAAUGUCAAAAUAUGCACGAAGACGUAUAUUUGUUCCUAUAAAUUACAGUGGCACGUCUUCUCCAAAGACAAAAUGGAUUCUUGGAAGAAGAUAUUCUAAAGAAAUAGCUUCGUAGUUUAACAAAAUUAACAUUUUUUAUGAAUUUAUGUUCUUGUUCCAAAUGUAGCAGUAGCUUAAAGAGCAAUUAUUUUCUAUAUAUCGCGCAUUUAAAACGGAACGAAAUGUCAUUCGCGUCCCUCUUAAAAUUGCUUUGUUUUAGCUUUGUUCUCUAAAGUUAGCAGGAUUGAAAACUAUAGGGGUCCGUGAGUACCUGGCGAUGGUAGAAGCUCACACUUUUUAAUUAACUAAGGCCUGUUUUAUACGUCGAAUUUUGGUCGCGUCGAAUGCAAUUACAACCUCACAUCGAUUAUUGUUCGACAGUUUGGGGUCAAUCGACUGACGUUACAAGAAUACACAAGCUUCAAAAAUUGGCAAUGAGAAUUGUUUAUGAUCAACCAAGACUAACAUCAUGUGGACCACUAUUUAAAGCAGCUAAAGUAUUACCUAUACAGCAAAGAGUCAAGCUACGAACCGCGAUUAUGGUAUUCAAGGCUCGAAACCAAUUGGUACCGGAAUACAUUUGUGACUUAUUUCAACUGAAGUCGUCAGUGACUAAUCGAGUCACCAGAAGUUCUGCGGACAAUGAUUUGUGGGUACCAAGGAAUAAAUUGGCAAUCAGACGAAAGGCAAUACCAGGGACGCCGGAACGAUAAUAAGGCAAAGGGGGCAGACGCACACCAAGGGCACCUCUAUAGACCAAAAGUUCAAAAUCUACCGGAAAAUUUUUUUUUAUGGAAAUUUUUUGGGCGGCCUCCCCCCCCCCCUCCCCACCCGUCGCCAAAAAAUUUCGGUCAGUGUACCAUUUUAGGGGUCAAAAUUUUUUUCCGGACAUACAAAAAUUUUCCGUUAAGUUAAAAAUUUUUUGUAAAUUCCAAAAAUUUUCUAAAAUUUUUGUAAAUUAAACUCAUUCUUUACCAAAUUCACAAUUAUUUUUGUUAAUUUACUUUCUCUAGGCCUAUAAAUUAUCUGAAUCUCAUGAUUUUCCCAGAAAAAGCAUCACUGGAAAUGUCAUUUAUCACGUAGUAUUUUACAACUAAAAGGGCACUUCUGCCCCCUCUGCCCCCCCCCUGGCAAAAGGCAAGGGGGGCAGCCGCCCCCCUGCCCCCCAGUUCCGGCGUCCCUGGGCAAUACCAUACAGUGGUGCAACACUUUACAAUGGUUUACCACUUGAGAUGAGAAACUCUUCUUCGGUAGCAUCAUUCAAACUAAGAACAUAUCAAUACUUUUUAGAAACAGUUUAAACGUAGUCAUAUGUAAUCUAUUGUAUAUAUAUACCAUAUAUCUUCUUUUUCCCCACGUUACCUAAUAUAUUUGUUUGUUGUUAAUAGUCGUAGUUAUAGAAGGCCCAGUGUAAGAUUAGCUUUGCUAAACUGGUUUUUGUAAUACCUUCUUUAAAUAAAGUCUAUUAUUAUUAUUAUUUAUUAUUAUUAAUUACAGUCAAAAUACAAUCCCACUUCCGCUUCUGUAACUUGUUUUGUAUUUCUGCAAUUUGUUCUAUUUUUCUGUGGCAAUUACCGCUUUAUUGGCAAAUAUCACGGUAGAAAUUCCCUUCCUUUCCUUUAUAUACGUCAAUUUGUAGCAAAGGAUACACCUUUCGUUAGAUUCUUUGCAUAAAAGUUGCGAAAUUUUAAUUUUAGUACGUCAAAUGAUUGUAGUCGGUAAUUUUAAAUUUGUAUAGUAUGAGCGGCGGUUUAAAAUCGAUUUAUCAGCAAAUAUCGCUUAGACCAUGUCAAGUCCGAUCUGCGCAUCUGUUCUGCUCAUAACAAAGGGGGACCCGCAGAUACAAACAUUGCCCAAAUUUUGCAUGUUUCGAACUUUUCAUUGAAACGUACUUUAGUUUAUAUUCAUUUACAAUAGCGAACCAGAAAAGUGUUAGAUAUUCAGUUAAGAUGUCUUAUUUUACAAAUAUAGCAAUUGAUUUGUUUACAUUACGGACUUGAGAUGGUCUUUAAGAUCUAAGUUUCGCAAAUUUAUGCAAAGAAUCUAACGAAAGGUGUAUCCAUUGCUACAAAUUGACGUAUACAGCUAUUUCAAUCAAGGUUGUCCCGGAGCAAAGCGGAAAAGUCGAAUACGAGCGCGAAAGGCUGCUGGGAAUCGCUAAAAAAUUCAUUAUUCUUUCAAUUCUUUUCCGCUUUGCUCGGGAACAACCUUAAUUGAAAUAGCUGUAUAAAGGAAGGAAAGCGAAAUUCUACCGGACCCUACCGCGAUAUUUGCCGAUAAAGCGGUAAUCGCUACAGAAAAAUAGAACGAAUUACAGAAAUACAAAACAAGUUACAGAAGCGGGAAGUGGGAUUGUAUUUUGACUGUAAAACAAUAGAUAAUUAGAUGAUAAACCUCAUUAAGCUUCAUUAUCUAUUGUUUGAAUUGCAUUCGAUGUGACCGAAAUUCGACGUAUAAAACAGGCCUAAAGCCUGUUUUCCACUAGGCGGAAUUUUGCGCGCGGAGCGGAAUUUUUCUUUGUCUUGUGAUUUCUCGGGUGGAACUAAUUAGAAAAGACAAAGAAAAAUUCCGCUCCGCGCGCAAAAUUCCGCUUAGUGGAAAACAGGCUUAAAGCCGAUUUUCCACUAGGCGGAAUUUUGCGCGCGGAGCAGAAUUUCUCUUUGUCUUUUCUAAUUAGUUCCACCCGAGAAAUCACAAGACAAAGAAAAAUUCCGCUCCGCGUGAAAAUUUCCGCCUAAUGGAAAAUCGGUAUGUACAUGAUGCGUGCUUCCGAUGAUAUCACUUCUAGUUAACUUCGUGCAAAGCAAACUAAUUUUAACAUCUGCAAAGCAAAUUUAUUUUAACAGGGUAUUUAUUCUCGAAUAUUUCCUAGUGUUGGAGGAAUGAUACUGUAGUAAUCUUGCUCCUGCAUUAUUUCCACUACAUUUCUUUAACCGUUGAAUCUUAUUUCAUAUUUUUUUCGUUUGCAAUGGCAUGCAGUAUCUUGGUUUUCAAUGAUAGUUAUCCUGUUCAUGUACAAUGCUCUUUUGGAUGCUAUGCAUUUAAGGCGACUUGUAUUCCACUGAUAGUCAUCAUAUCACUAUUAUAUGUGCAUGAUGUGUGUGCUUCCAAUCAUAUAACUUCUUAUUCACUUCUUGUUAUUUCUUCCAUACAGAUCGUCUCUCGUUGUUGAAGAAAAGGGUGAUGGAUCCAAGCGAGGGACGACCAUAUAUAAAAGUCUCUGAUCAGGAACUACCACCUUUGUAUGAAUCUGUGAACAGCAAAGACAGCGAGGAGAACCCAUCACCUUGCUCAAAUAUAAACCGCACUUUAUUGCCAUUUAAAGCUUUCUAUUACUUCUUCUAUGGCGCAAUCGGUUCCCUUUUUCCUUUCAUCGCACUUUACUUCAGACAUCUGUGGCUAUCGCCUACCCAAGCGGGACUGUUGGUUGGCUUAAGGCCAAUCAUACAAUCUAUCACUACACCAUUUUGGGCAUUAGUCGCUGACAGGUUCAAUGCAAAGAAAAUCGUCCUCUUCAUUGGCUUAUGUGGCUGGCUGUUCUCGCAUGCAAGCCUUCUCCUUGUCCCAGCUGGUAAAAAACCGUUGAGUUGUGCUGAGAACUCAACGCACGUAACGAAGCGAUCCGUUGAAUUAAGCUAUCCCUUGCCCAAGAAUAUUCUCGGAAAAGAACAUAACCCAUACCCGCAGGAAAUUCUCGAUUACAACCCCGUGGACAUUAGCUAUGCCUCGCCUAAUGAUAUGACAAGCAAAAAACAUAACAAAAACCCACCAGACAGUCUAGAUUACAAUUCGGCUGCCUCACACGACCAAGUAAGAUUCUCUCGUAAAAAAAAACCAAACAAGCCAUCAUUACAAAAUUCACUGAACAUUUCUUCUGAGGUUAAAACGGAAGCUACAAUUCAACCUAAUGUGGCUAAAAUAGAUGAAUCCAAUUUAGAUUCAACGAACAAUCAGAAUGGAAAAGGGUCCUGGUGGUCAAUAAGUAGUAUGCAUUUACCUCUCGAAACAUGGCAUACAUUCACUUACCUUUUCUUCAUAAUUCUAAUUGGGAAUUUGUUCGCGGCCCCCGCACAGACCAUGGCAAACACCGCAACACUUCAGGUUCUCGGUGACGAUACGCAUAAGUAUGGCUCGCAGCGAUGUUUCGGCUCGAUAGGUUGGGGUGUGUCAGCAUUUGUCGUGGGAAUGUUAGUGAGUAUGAACCACGACAGAUCACUUGCUUGUAAAGGAAUUGAUGAUAUCAAUUACAGUCCUUGUUUCUACGCGUUUGGCUUCUUGAUGCUCUGCUCAUUAGUCGUCGCAAUACCUUUCAAAUUCCGAAACGCAAAAGAAGAUAAUCCACGUGAAACUCGCGCACAGUUAACUCAAGUUUGUCAACAACUCGAUUGCCUUACACUGUUUGUUUUCUUCACAGUCUUACUGGCCGGUUUUAAUAUGGGUUUUAUUCAGACUUUCCUGUUUUGGUAUUUACAGUCAUUGGGUGGAUCUCAAACUCUCUUUAGUUUGAUUCUUGGUUUUAACGCAGUUGGCGAAAUGAUUGGGUUUCUGUUAUCCGUGAAACUCAUUUCAAAAUAUGGCCAUUUGAAAGUAUUGGCUUUGGGUAUUUUUGCUUAUGCAGUUCGUUUGACCGUAUACGGAGUGGUUGGAAAUCCUUGGCUAGUCUUGACUGUGGAGUUUCUCAAAGCAUUCACAUCUUCAGCUAUUUGGGCUGCGGCGAUGUCUUACAUCGGUGAUAGUUGUCACAACGGCUCAACCUUGGCAGCUAUAGUCCACAUGCUAUACUGGGGAGUUGGUUAUGGUGGAGGUGGUAUGAUUGGCGGGGUGUUGAUGGAACGUAUCGGUGCCCGAACAACUUUCCUUGGUUUGGCUUUCAUAAGUCUCGGUGUUGUAAUCCUUAUAUUAGUAGUCGUUCAUCUCAAUUGUUGUCCAAAGAGAAAGCAAGAUAUCUACAUACCUGUGGACAGUGAUGACGAAGAACUGGAACAGGACUCUGAUGAAUAAGUAUAUUACAUAAAAUGGAUUUUUAUUUAGAAAAAAAAAUAGAAUCUUAGUGUAAUGUAACUAAUGGAUGACCCAGCUGAAAAUUACAAAUCUUAUUCUUAAAUCAUUUGCUCUAUUUUAUAAUAUAAAUAGGAUAUAAGACGUAAUUUGAUUGGCUAAUGCGCGUGCAUUAUAACGUCAUAUUGCAUUGGCUUGGUUUUUCAGUUUUUCUUGGUUUGUGUCCGGUUUCUUUGUAAAACAAUGAGACCAGAAUUAUAGAAUGACUUUUAUAUCCAAAAUUUAUGAGAACGCAGGAAAGAAAAGACCGAAAAUGAAGUUCAAAAAUAGCCAAGAAGAGACAACGAGGCAAGAAAGGCAAAGAAAUAAUGCUGGGUUUUUUCCCCAGCUGUUUUUGAAUUAAUACAAAGGAAUACACAAAAAAGUAGGGAACAAGCUACAAAUUUCAUUAAGAAAGUACCUUAAAUAACCUUCAAAUAAAAACUGUUUGAAAUAUCUUUCACGAAACAUAUAACGUUAAUUGCAGCAAAUGAUAACAAAACCUCAACUGACGAAAACCUCGGUCCUCGGCCUCCACGGCUUUCGUGCUUCUGGCUUGUAGGAUGCAGCAAAACAACAGCAAAUUCCUUUUCUUAUCAGGGAAGUUUAGUUUUAUAGUAUUCGAGCAUUUCCCCCAGUUUAUUAAAGUGCAUAUGACAUGAAAUUUUUUAUGUUCUUAAAUGAAAGAACUCUUUAAGCUGUAGUGUGACUUAUUAAUUUUUCAGUUUCUUGUUUUCAUGGUUUGUUCCCGAGAUAUUUCAAUUUGUUUGGUAUGUAAAUGAGUGUGAAUAUGUCCGCUAAUUUAUGACGUCACGUUGGUUGCAAGCUCAACUUACACUGGUUAUAAAUCUAUUAACUCUAAAAACCGUAGAUAUCAGUUCACGUUUUUCUCCAGUAUUUUAUCACAUUUACCAGUGAGUGAAGUUAGAAAUUAUUAUCUUGGAUGAUAGCCGUGAUAUUUAACCAUUUUGAAGAGCUUGCAACCAACGUGACGUCAUAAAUUAGCGAUAUAUUCACACUCAUUAACAUACCAAACAAAUUGAAAUAUCUCGGGAACAAACGAUAAAAACACGAAACUGAAAAAUGACCAAAAAUAAGUUGCACUACAGCUUAAAGAGUUCUUUCAUUUAAGAAAAAAAUUCAUGUCAUAUGCACUUUAACCAAAAUGUUGUUAUUCCUUCGCCCGCCUGAAAUUCCAGUGAGCUCCAUAUAUAUCUGGAGCGAGAACUGGAGGCCGGAAGUGAAGCGAAGAUGGCUGUCCUAUUCUAUUGUUUAUAUUUUGCGCGGUUAACACGAAACUAGCAAGAAGUGUGCGAAAAUUUCGUAUUUUGACCUCGAUUUAAAGAAAAAUAUUAUGAUUUUAUGAACUGAUAACUUGUUUAGCGAUGCAUACGGUCCGUUAGAAAAAAGUAGAAUUAGCUGAGAUUAAAUGGUAUUAAAACUGGUUGCGACCUUCAUAGCUAUUGGACGUCAAUUUCCGUCAUCUUGACCGUUCACUUUUCUCAUAAGCCGAAUGACUGAAGUUCUUCCUCCAGAUAUAUAGAGCUCACUGGAAAGUUCAAGCUUGUUGCUAAGCGAUGACAAAAAGCAUGCGCGUGACGUCAUUGAUUACAUGUUAGGAGAAUUUCAAAGUCGAUCUUUCAAAUAAAAUCUUCCGAUUUACCGAUAUUGAUUAAACAAUCGUUUGAAUUUUCUAAAUAAAUAUGUAAUGAAUUCUUAAGUGCACGUAGAUUAACACACCUGGAGCCUCAAAAUUAGCUAAUUUUAUGGUAAUUAAUAACAGA